ACUUCUCUCGGCUUGAUAUUGGCUCUGAGCAUCAAGUUGUGAAUCUUUGACAUUGACAUUUCAAUAAGACAAGUUGACCUAGACAUAACCUAGACACAGAGUUCAGCUGUCUAAAAUUUCUCUUUCGUUGAAGUCAGCCAUGGCGACCGGGGUACUUUACACUUAUCCAGAAAACUUCCGUGCUUACAAGGCGCUGAUCGCCGCGAAGUAUUCGGGAGUUGAUUUGAAAGUUUCCCCUAAUUUCGUAUUUGGUGAAACCAACAAAUCUAACGAUUUUCUGAAGAAGUUCCCUACAGGCAAAGUGCCCGCGUAUGAAAGUGCGGACGGUAAAGUGCAUCUCACGGAGAGCAAUGCUAUCGCUUACUAUGUUGGUAAUGAUGCCCUUCGUGGUUCAGAUCUGAAGUCUCAAGCUGUGAUAUACCAGUGUGCAUCAUGGGCUGACAGUGAACUGCUGCCAGCCUCCUGUGCUUGGGUGUUUCCCUAUCUUGGCAUCAUGCAGUUCAACAAACAGAAUGUGGAGCGUGCGAAGAACGAUCUGCUUUCAGCGCUGAAGUUGUUGGAUGCUCAUCUGCUCACACGCACAUUCCUUGUAACUGAGAGGGUCACUCUGGCUGACAUCAUUGUCUUCUGCACUCUUCUACACUCUUUCCAGCAUGUGCUCGAGCCAAGCCUAAGAGCAUCCCUAGUGAAUGUCCAACGUUGGUUCCUCACAUUGGCCAACCAACCACAAGUGUUGGCUGUCGUAGGACACCUCUCUCUUUGUUCUGCAGCUCCAGUCUAUGAUCCUAAGAAGUACCAAGAGCUAACCAAGGAUAAGAAGCAUGAUGCACCCAAAAAAGAAAAGAAAGAGAAAAAGGAACAACCUAAAAAAGAAACACCUAAAGAACAUGAGUUAGAAGAUGAUAUUGAAGAAAAGCCAAAGGAAUCCAAGGAUCCCUUUGACUCAAUGCCCAAAGGAACAUUCAACAUGGAUGACUUUAAACGUUGCUAUUCCAAUGAGGAUGAGGAGAAGUCCAUUGCAUACUUUUGGGAGAAGUUUGAUCCUGAACAUUACUCCAUCUGGUUCUCUGAGUACAAGUACCCACAGGAACUGUCCAAAGUGUUCAUGAGCUGUAAUCUCAUUACAGGUAUGUUCCAGCGUCUGGACAAGAUGCGUAAGCAGGCGUUCUCGUCGGUGUGCCUGUUCGGUUCCGACAACGACUCAUCCAUCUCCGGCGUGUGGGUGUGGCGCGGCCAGGAGCUCGCCUUCCCACUGUCCCCGGACUGGCAGAUUGACUACGAGUCUUACGAUUGGAAGAAACUCGACCCAAAGAGUGAGGAGACCAAGAAGUUAGUGCACGACUACUUCUCAUGGAGUGGUGUAGAUUCCAAGGGUCGCAAAUUCAACCAGGGAAAGAUUUUCAAGUGAGCGUCCACACGCAAUCCUUUAUACUCUUAUAUGGAAAUUAUUUAUAAAAUAUGCCGACUUAUUUCAACAGCUGUAUGCAGUGUGUUAAUGUACUGACAGUUUAUCUUCUGUGUUGCGUUGCCAGCUCCUCCGCACUCACUAACCCCAUGAUUGUUUAUUUGUAAUUAUCAAUAAAUUCGUCCUGUCGUGUUGCAUUUACUUUACAUUCAAGUGAUCAAUAUAUUUGUAUGAAAUAACUAAUAAUUAAAUUGUUUUUUAUUUA